AUGCUCUCCACUAUUCUACGAAACAAUUUUGUACGUCGCUCAUUUUCGUCCCGGAUUUUCAGUCAAAAUGAGUACGAAACAGCAGCUGAUUCAACAUUAGAAAGAUUAUCAGACUAUUUCGAUCAAAUUGCCGAUUCAUUUCCGGUUUCCGAACAAUUUGAUGUAUCUCAUGCAAUGGGAGUUUUGACUGUUAAUGUAUCGAAAUCUGUUGGAACGUAUGUUAUUAACAAACAAUCACCAAAUAAGCAAAUUUGGUUGUCCAGUCCGAUGUCUGGUCCGAAAAGAUAUGAUUUAGAAGAGGAGGGAAAAUGGACUUAUGCACACGAUGGUGAACAACUUGACUCGCUUCUAAACAGAGAAUUCCGAAAGAUUCUGGCCGAUGACCGAAUCGAUUUCUCGCGACAUGUCUAAUCCGGAUUUCAUAUCAUGUGAUUUCUAUUCUCUCUCGAUUUUUCUCUUUUUCUUGCAUAUUUGAUGUAUCAUGUUUUCUCAUGUAUUGUAACUUAGUUAUAUAUUGUCUAGAUACUUUUCUGGUAAAGUUUUUCUUGCCCAAGCGUUUUUUAUACGUUUAAUGAAAAUGAAACUGUGGAAAAAUCUCUGAUUAUUAUCAAAAAGUGCUGACGGAUUCAGAUUCACGAAAACUUUUCCGUAGAGUCUCCGUUCUAGAUUUACGUUAAACAACGCGCGGUUCGUUAUUUCGGAGUGUCGUUAGAUAACCAAAUUUUCUCGCAUAAUUUCCAAAAUGAGAAUUUUACAAUUUCUGAACGUUUGUGCCAAAUUUAUUAUGUUCUUCUAUGUUCCUUAUGUUCUAAAAUGUUAAUUAGUUGAUAAAUUCGUAUUAUUCCG